AUGUCUGCGACUAUGCCGCCCCUCAACCCGCUUGAUGAGCUAGAAGUACGAGGAGGCAUACGCUGCUUGUCGGAGGUAGAAGACGCGGAAGAUGACGAGAUUGACGAGAUUGACGAGAUUGACGAGAUUGACGAGAUUGACGAGACUGAAGAUUACUAUGUACUGGAUGAACCGCAGGCAAUCUUGUCUAGCGACGAAGAGGACCCCGAUAGCUACUCAGAGAUGUCCGAUGGCAGUAAUGGCGAGGAUCUUGCCGAUACAGGCGACGAGGAAUUGGACGUCAGGGACAAAGGCAAAUUAAGCGUGCGAGAAGAAGAGACACGAGAAGAAGCCGAGUAA